AUGGCGGGGUCGAUUAUGGGCAUCGUCCCAAGGCGGCCAUUUUUGCUACUCACCAUGUUCAUGACCGUUUUGCGAACGAGCCAUGCACUGGAUGCCCUUGAUCUCUUCGAUCGAAGCUCGGACUCCUGUCCUCAAUCCUACGAUCAAUGCGGUGGUGAUCUCCCGAGUAAUUUUUGCUGCCCGUCCUCAUCGACUUGUGUGAUAGCCAAUUCUACAACGGCCAUCUGCUGCCCGUCGGGCUCCACCUGCGACUACAUUUCACCCAUCGAUUGCGAUAUCCAACAGCAAAAUGCUACUGCCCACCCAAAGAGUACCGUUAAGACGACUCGGCUUGAUGGUAAGCUCUCAAGCUGUGGUGAUUCCUGCUGCCCAUUUGGCUAUUCCUGCGGGGGGGACCGCAUGUGCAUCAUGGACAAACAUUCCACAAAUACGACGUCAGCAUCUACAUCAACAGGAACCGGUACCAUCGGUGCGACCUUCACGCCAUUCUCGUCGUCUACCGCCGACCCCGGAAACACUUCCGCCUGUCCUUCCUUCCCCAGCAAAGCCGUGGUUGCUGGCUUCUUCCCAGGUGCCAUCUUUGGCGCCGUCCUCGCUCUCCUCAUCGGCACAUGUAUCCGUCGACGCACACAUAAGAAGAUGCAAAAGGAAGACCCCAAGUUUGUCCCACACUGGUCUCAUCGUACCUCUACGGGUGCCGUCAUGGGUAUAUCGAGCCCCAUGGCCUCGGAGGACGCGUCCUAUCGUACAGAUUUCCUCCUGCGGCCAUCAUCUGCCAAUCGCUCCUCGGUCGGUGCUCGGUCGGCUCGUUCCAGGGUGAGCAGGACCGGUAGCAGAGUCAGGAGCCUCUUCAAUGCUGGACCCAAGCUAGACAUGGUGGUGCCUCCAGUUCCCAAAGUGCCCAAUCCCGUCACUCCUCCGCGUCAGCGCCAACCUAGCACUGAGAGCAUCAAGGUGUAUUCGCCGCCUGGGGCAUUCUCCCAGUCGAGAAAAUUUCUAGGCCCUGAGCCAUAUCCUAGUACGAUCGCGCGGCCGGACACCACUUUUACGGAUUUGAUGCAAGUGGUAGGGUUUAAUGAUACAAAGGGAAAUCCGACAUACAAGGUGACGGUGGAUGAAAAAUAG